AUGGUUUCAAGAAAUAAAAUUAAGAAAGCAUCAUUGAAAAACAAUGACAAUAAAAAGGACAAUGAAAUGUAUAUCAAACACACGCGAUGGCUAUUUUAUAUACUGGGAUUAUGGCCUUUUAUGUCUAAUCACUUGACAACUUCUAAAAUAUUUUACGCUCUAAUCAUACAAAUAAUAUGUUACAGUGUAUUGAUGUUUACAAUAGUUCCAUCAUUCUAUCAUAUGUUUUGGUAUGAUAAAAGUAUAAAAAUUAAAAUAGCAUUGUUCGGUCCAACAGGAGUGUCUGUAGCGUGUGCUUUUAAAUAUCUUGCAGUUAUUUACCAUCUCAAAAAUAUUAAAAACUGUAUUAAUCAAAUGAGAAAAGAUUGGGAAAUUUCAAAGAGUGAGGAAGAUUGGAAAAUUAUGAUAAACUAUGCUAAGAAAGGAAAUAAUGUGACUUACUUUUGUAUUGCUGUUAUGUAUGGUGGUGGAGUGUCUCAUCAAUCGGCUGCUCCUUUUUUACCCAGCAGUCCAACAAGUUUACUACGCAAUUCAUCCGAUCGACCAUUACUCUAUCCUACGUCAUUAUUUGAUCCUUAUUUUAACACUCAAAACUCUCCUAUCUAUGAAAUUUUUUAUUUAUCACAUAUUAUAAUGGGUGUUGUUGUUUGUACUAUGAUGAUCGGCACGUGUAAUCUUGGAGCUGUUUUAAUUACUCAUAUUUGUGGUCAAAUUGAAAUUAUUAUAAUAAAACUACAGAAUCUCAUAGAACAUCCUAGUAACAACGGAAAUUUUGAUAAAAAUAUGUCAGCGAUUAUUCUACGUCAUAAUAAAAUAAUCAAAUGUACCGCAAUUCACUGUAUUUUUGGUAAAUUAGCCAUGGUUCGCAAUCAAUUACUAUUAUCAGUGUAUACUGAACAAAUUUUGCGUGAAAUGUGUUUGAUUGAAGUCGUCGCGGCAACUUUAUUUAUCUGCAUGGAUGAAUAUUAUUGUUUAAUGGCUUGGAAAAAUGAUAAUAGGAUUGGAUUAACAAUUUACUCCACCUUAUUAGUAGCAUUUAUUUUCAAUAUAUAUAUUUUUUGUCAUAUUGGUGAAUUAUUAAAACAACAGUUUGGUAAAAUUGGAGAUUCAAUAUAUAUGAUUAAUUGGUAUAAUUUCUCACCAAAAAAUGCUUCUAACUUAAUUAUGAUGAUCGCUAUUAGCCAGAAUCCUCAAAAAAUAACUGCUGGAGGACUGAUGGAAUUAUCAUUCAAGGGUUUUUCUAAUGUAAUAAAAACAUCCGUGGCAUAUUUUAAUAUAUUACGGAUGGUGGAGCUUUAA